AUGGGCGGUAUCGGCUUGAACGACAAGGUAUGGCGAGUGUUCGACGUUGGUGGUAUACGGGAUUUGCAGUACGAUAGGGACGCCCUCGAAGGGCUUGUGCUUGAGCCUGGCGAUGCGGAGAUUGUGAAGGCGAUAUCUUACCGGCAGAUUGUCAGAAGGGAAACGAUCUCCGUGGACUUCAUCUCGGGCAAGGGCCAGGGUCAAGUGAUUCUGCUUCACGGCCCGCCCGGUGUCGGCAAGACAUACACUGUGGAGUCAAUCGCAGGCCACUUUAGUCGGCCGCUGUUGUCUUUGUCCGUGGCGGAUAUUGGUGUGAAAGAGGAUGAGAUGGAGGCUAAACUGACCCAAUGGUUCGAAUUGGCGGAGAUUUGGAAUGCUGUCCUUUUGAUCGACGAAGCAGACGUGUUCCUGGAGAAGCGGUCUCUCAACAGCAUCGACGACUCCUUCGCGUCACGUAUUCAUGCCAAGAUUGAGUACCCGAAGCUUGACAAUGAGAAGCGCAUCAAGAUCUGGGAGGCGUUCUUCAAGAAGAUGGAGGCAGAGGCCGCUGGCAGGUGGUAUGUCUCGAAAAAGGCGAAGGCAUAUGUCUUGUCGGACAAGAAUGCCGAGGAAACCCAGUGGAAUGGAAGAGAAAUUCGGAAUGCAUUUCAGACGGCGAUUGCUCUCGCGGAGUACGAAGCGAGUGAGGACGACGCUCGACCAGCCGGGCAAAUGGUGGAGGUGACCGCAGAACACUUCCGCCAGGUCACGGAGAUGAGUCUCAAGUUUUCCAAGCAUGUCGACAAGAUCACUUCGAUGACUGAAGACAAAAGGGCAGCGAACAGGAGAGAGAGGCCCGAUGUGGAUGAAGACUAG